GCCGGUGGCGGCUGCCUUCCGUUCUGUACGCGCUUCCGCCCGGUGCUGCCUUCGGUUGAGCGCCCGUGUCGCCCCCAGGCCCGCCGGCGGGUCAGAUGGAGUUCUCCAGCAGUCGAGCGAGGCUGAGGCAGGCGCGGCUGGCCGGGGACCGGCGGGAGCUGUACCCUCACAGCCUGCAGUUCUACCUGGAGCCCCCCACGGAAAGCAUCUCUCUGGUGGAGUUUGAGAGCUUUGCCAUCGACCGCCUGAAGCUGCUCAAAGUAGUUGAAAACCUUGGUGUGAGCUACGUAAGAGGUAAUGAAGUAUACAAAACUAAGCUGCAGGCUGAGCUCCGGAAACUAAAGUUUCCCUACAAAGCUUUGGCUGAGGAUGAUUAUGAAGCAAGAAGAAAAGACCAUAUAUCUCAUUUCAUACUGCGCCUUGCUUACUGUCAGUCUGAGGAUCUCAGGCGUUGGUUUCUUCAACAAGAAAUGGAUCUCUUGCGGUACCGCUUCAAUGAACUAACUGACAGUUUAAGACAGAAAUUCCUGGAACACGUUAACUUAUCAUUUGAAGCUAUCAGUGAAGACACGAAAAAUGAAUUAGCAAAUGAGCUGCUUACAUCAACCCCUGGCUUCAGUGUGGCUAAAGUAAAAGAACAAAUAUUCUAUAAGGUUGGACUUGCAGAUGCUGUGGAUCUGUUUAGAACCAGAAGAGUGUUUAUUAAAGAUGGCUUUGCAUAUGUGCCACUUAAGGAUAUCGAUGCAAUUGUUUUGAGUAACUAUAGAACAAAGUUAUCUAAAGCACUGGCGCUGACAGCACGAUCGCUGCCAUCCAUACAGUCUGAUGAGCGACUACAACCUCUGCUUAAUCGUCUCAGCCAUUCUUAUGUGGGCCCAGAUUACAGUGUGCAGAAGAACACAGGGAAAAUUUCUCUAGACCAGGUUGAUGCUCUUUCUGUGAAAUCAUUCCCACUGUGCAUGCGCCAGUUGCACAAAGCUCUACGUGAUAACCAUCAUCUCCGUCACGGGGGCCGUAUGCAAUACGGCCUGUUCUUAAAAGGCAUCGGCUUGACUCUGGAACAGGCACUGGAAUUCUGGAAGAAAGAAUUUAUCAGAGGAAAAGUGGAUGCAGACAAGAUGAUCUUAGGAGGUCCUUGAAUCUGGAUUCAGGUGGGAGGCUUUACCUUGACUGCAAACAGCUGGUGGGGAAUGUUUCUAACAGGGCCAACCACAAAUUCCAUGAGGGGAGGCUUGGACUAGAGACCUCCUGAGGUCCUUUCCAGGUUGAAUUAUUUUGUGAUUCUGCGUAAAGGUAUAAAUACAUUUUUGGGAGGACCAGCCACUAGAGGGAGACAAGAUCAUAAAAAAUAAGCAAAUUUGAUGUACAGAUGUAAAGCGGAAGUGCUUAUGCUAUACUGCUUUGUAGGUCUAUACAAUUAUAACACACUCUCCUCACCCCUGUGUGUUUAAAUAAAAAUGGAAAUAGGCACUUGGUAAUCUGCAGGACAGUGCUUUUAAACACACACAACUGUCCCCAGGGCAAUUUAUAACGCGUGGAUGAUGUGGUGGUUCCUUAAAGCAACCUCUACCUCCUUAAAUCCCCAGGAAUAUUUUCUUUAUCAGUCACUUAGCUACAUUUGAUUUUGGUAUUUUACAUUCUCAUUUGUUUGAGUUUUGGGGGUCGAUUUGCAGCUAGAUUCCUUUUUUACUUGCCCCCUUUAUAUUGGGUAAUGUUGCCUGCUAUUUGGGGAACAUAUUUUGAUUCAUAAAUCAGAAAAGCAUCUUUAUUCUGUCAUAUUUUUAUUAUAAUUCUCUAAUUAAAUGUAAUUUGCUGUGUUUAUUCUUGAAUUAUUUUAAACUUUCCAAAUCUGCAGCUUAGAGAGACAUGUUGAACAGCAAGCCACAAUAUUUAACAACUAAGAGAUAAAGAUAUAAAUAUAAUUGAAAUUCCUCUAUACAGAUUAAAAUCUGGUCUUUAAUGGUACAUCACUAGUACUGUAAUGCAAAUAGAUGGCCAGAUUGAAUUCUCAAUGCAUAAAGGCUACUACAGAACUUUAAGAAAAUGUUUGCUGUCUUCUAGAAUGUAUGUUAAAAAAACAGUAAUGGAAGAGCAGCAUAUAUUACCUGUAAGCACUUAUGCCCCUGAAUUCUGUGGAAGUGUUUGUCAUGGUAAUAACGCAUUAAUAUAGUUAAACAUGUUGCCCUUGCUUUCACUGAUUAUCAUGGGACUAGAUAGUCAAGUUCUUGAUUAAAUUGUAUUUUUGUUAAACUUCUAAUGAAAUGAAAUAAGAUUUUUUCCUUCCACCAGCAACUGUGAAAAUUAGCUUCAGUAGAACCAUUUACUGUCUGUAUUUCUCUUUCAUUAUUUGGAAAUUAUCGUUUCAUACUGUAGUUGUGGUGAGAUAGAACAGGUGAAUUUUAAAGAUUUUCCAUGAAACGUUUUUAUUCUGUACUGGCAAAAUGAUGCUAUUCGUAACAUUAUUGUACGUUGAAUGGCAAUACUU